AAUGAGAAGCAGCUCAUGGCCAUCACUAAGUGUCCUCCUAUCGCUGGCCACAAUGCUGUGCUAUGCUGAAGACACCUGUCCAGAUGUGAAGCUUAUUGGCGUUGGAGAGUCGGACAAGCUGGCCAUUUUGCGAGGAUGUCCGGGAAUUCAUGGAACACAAGGAAUACAGGGAGUGCAAGGACCGGCAGGACUUAAAGGGGAAAAAGGCUCGCCUGGAAUUCCUGGGAAGAUAGGACCCACGGGGGUUAAAGGCGAUAAAGGUUCCCCAGGUGCACAAGGUCCACAAGGUGACAAGGGAAAUUCCGGUGUACCGGCCCCUGGAACUGCCCAGAACUGUAAGGAGCUCUUGGACUAUGGAGCUUCUCUGAGCGGUUGGUACACAGUAUACACAAGCAAUGGGCUUCCUCUCACUGUGUAUUGUGACAUGGAGACUGACGGAGGAGGAUGGCUAGUUUUCCAGAGAAGGAUGGAUGGGUCGGUGGAUUUUUUCCGAGAUUGGAAUUCCUACAAGCGAGGGUUUGGCCACCAGGCCAGCGAGUUCUGGCUGGGGAACGAUCAUAUUCACCAACUUACGUCCACAGGAACAUAUGACCUCCGCUUCGAUUUCAUGGAUUUUGAAAACAACAGAACUUACGCCACAUACAGCAACUUCAAAAUCGCAGGGGAGAAUCUGAAUUACACUCUGCGUUUGGGGUCAUUCACUGGAGGGACUGCAGGUGACUCCUUCUAUGUUCAGAGAAACACACCAUUUUCUACUAAAGAUAGAGAUAAUGACCUCUUUAGCACUGGUAGCUGUGCAAAUAGUUACAAAGGUGCCUGGUGGUAUACUGGGUGUCAUCAUUCAAACCUGAACGCACUGUACCUGCGGGGAAAUCACAACAGCCACGCCAAUGGGAUAAACUGGAAGACUGGCCGUGGUCACAAAUACUCAUAUAAGAUAUCAGAGAUGAAGAUCCGACCUCAGUCUAACUAACUGCUAACUGGUAGUCACUGUAUACAUGGAGAAAAACAAUGUAUUAGAGCGUCACAUUCUGCCCCAUAUGAAAUGUUGACUGUAAUUAACCAGAAGGUCUGUCAUGUAAAAGUUUGGCAAUACAAUGUUCCUCCCUACCCUAAUGUGUUCUUUUUUUUAGAUGUUUUUAUUGGUUUAAAAGGCUGAGUAAUACAAACAUUACAAUUGUGAUUAAAUCAUAUGCAGAAAUGUCACACUGAGCAAUCAAUC